GCACUCCGCUUUAGCAACGGCGGUGGGGCCUACUCCAGGCCUGGCCAGCGGGGUCUCCGCGGUGACUGGACCCGGCACCCCUCCGCCCCCCUAGGCUCAGUGCUGCGCUGCGGCCCCCCGCACCCGCCGCUGGGGCCUCCGCCGCACCCCUGCACCUCCGGUCUCCGUGUGCGUGUCCUGGGUGUCCUCCGCACCCCCGAUCCCUUCCGUGUCUCCCCCUUCGCCUCGUGUCCGCCCCUCCCGGUGUCCCUGGUCCCGGGUGGGUCUGUCCUCGCCCCUCACCCCCUCAACCCCCGCACCGCCCCCGGCACCGCCCCCGCUGUGGCGGGCAGAACCGUGAGGGCUGCGGGAUAGCACCAGGUUCGACCCGCUUAGCACCGGCCUAUGGCGGCUCCGGGAGUGACCGGCACCGCAGAUCUUGGCAAGGAGAUGCUGGUCCCUGCGUGCCCAGCGGGUACCCCCACCCAUGGGCCAACCCAGCAGCCCCCCGGAGCCCCUGUUGAGCAGCAGGGUGGCAUCCCCAUCCCCGGCCUGCUGCAGGUCACCGAGUGCAGACAGCCGCUGAGCAGCGUCUCCUCGUUGGAGGUGCACGUCGACCUACUGGACCUGACUGAGCUGACCGACAUGUCGGACCAGGAGCUGGCCGAGGUCUUCGUCGACUCCGACGAGGAGAACACGGCCAGGGAAGCGCCCGGUGGGUUGCAACCGCAGGCGGCGCCGCGGGCCGGGUACCUGCGCUCGCCCUCCUGGACCCGAGCGCGGGAGCAGGGCCGGGAAAAGAAGCAUCUCAGCGACCAGGAGCUGCUUCCGGGACCUCCAAAUGCCUUUCUGCCCACUGACCGGCCGCGGGAUCCCUAAGGGCGGACCCGGCGGUACCGGUCACUUCUUUCCGGCACCGCUGGAGCCUGCCCUGAGGACUGGCACCGCGGGUCGGCCGCUGUGGGAAGCAACUCGCAGCUCCGCUGAGGGAGCCGGUGGACCAGAGUCCGCACACCCCACCCCCGGAGCUGCCCGCAGCCUAGCACGGCCGGUGUCUGCCCGGUUCUCAUGUAGCAGUGCUGUGUUCAAGUAAAACCGAGCGACCUACCACC